AUGUUCACUGAUAUGAGAAACGUCCCAAGGCCGCCACUUAUUCGGUCGAGUUACGUGCAGGCGGAUAAAACAAAAUGGUGUGAAUUCCAUCGGGGGUACGGACAUUUUACGAACGAUUGUUAUAACUUGCAGAAUGUUAUCGAAUGGCUGAUCAAAGAAGGGAAGUUACAGAAGUAUGUGAGAAGGGGAGAAGGAGAAGGAGGUAAAGAAGAUAAAUACAGGCGACCAGACCGUAGUCGGAGCCCGCCUAGAGGGGGAAACCGGGAGGCUGGUAAAAGUCAAAAAGAAAGGCAAGCAUCACCCAGUCAAGUCCAGAUGGGAAACAUAUGUACUAUAGCUGGAGGGCGAGCAGGGGGAGGAGAGUCAGGUAAUGCCCGGAAAAAACAUUUGAAAAUGUGCAUGGCUAUCUCAGAAAAGCCGCGUUUCAAGGAGGAAAGAAGAAAGACGGGCAAGCAAGUAGUUUUCGAAGACCUGGAUGAUGAGAUAUUAGACCCAGAGCAUGAUGAUCCUUUAGUGAUUUCAGGAUUGCUAGCAAACUAUCGAGUUGAUAGAAUGUUGGUAGAUCCAGGGAGCUCGGUAGACAUUAUAUUUUGGGACGCGUUCAGAAGAAUGGACUUAGAUUAUGAUCAACUGGAACCAUGUGGGGCUGAUUUGUUAGCCUUCACAGGAGAUAAAAUUAAGUCGUUAGGAUAUAUCCCAUUGAGGUUAACUUUGGGAAAUGCACCUACGCAUAAAACGGUCACCUUGUCGUUUGCAGUGGUAGAUUUGGGCUCCGCGUACAAUAUUAUUUUGGGAAGACCAUUCAUGAAGAAAUUUAAGAUCUUUUUGUCGAUAGAUUAG